AUGUGGGAAGCGUGUAUUUCACGCGCUACUUUGCUUUAUAAUCUGGCUUUUGCACAUUGGGCAGGCAUCUUUUCCAUUCCUAACUCAGGGGUUCUCUCAAAAUACUUUGGUAUUCCUGUAGAAUGGGGCAGCUCAAAAACCAAGGCCAUUGCUUUCCUUAAGGAAAGACUGAUUAGUAAACUACAAGGAUGCCAAAGUAGGUUCUUGUCACAGGCAGGCAAAGAAAUUCUGAUCAAAUCUGUCAUUCAAUCUAUUCCAACUUAUAUCAUGUCUAUUUUCAAGCUGCCUUCCUCAAUUGUAUCUGAAUUUCAAAAGCUCACAGCAAAGUUUUGGUGGAGUCAUUCAAUUGAUAAAAGCUCUAUGCAUUGGAUGAGCUGGAACAAGCUGACGAAGAAUAAGAAGGAAGGAGGCAUUGGUUUUAAAGACCUUCAAUUGUUCAAUCUCUCGCUACAAACCAAACAAGCGUGGAAGGUUGUUUCUAAUCAGAAUGCCUUUUGGUCCAAAUUGUUGAAAGGUAUCUAUUUCCGUCACUGUGAUUUCAUGGAUGCUAAUAUGAGCCACAACCCUUCAUGGUUUUGGAGAAGUCUUUUGGAAGAAAGAAUUGAGAUUGAAUAUUUCUGGACCAUCCUUUGUCAAUGUGUGGAGUGA